GUCCCCCACGAAUAAAGAUAAUUGGGUCGUUUCUUGUUUUUUAGAUAAUUGGGCCGUUGUCUACAGACUCAAAUGGCCCUUUGUUAUGAUGGAAAGUCAGCCUCAAAUAUUUUUCAUAUUUCCAAUUAUUUUGACAUAUUAUACUUCUCUAUAUUUGUCUAUUUUUAUGAGAUUUGGCAAGAUAUUUGUGUAUUAUUAUGCGAUACUUACAGAAAAAUGUAAUAGGACAACAAAUUUCUUUUUAGUCAAAUAAUAUAAUUAAUACACAUUUAUAUUCUUACCUAUUUUAAUUAAUUUACUUUUGUAUUUUUUUUUCUCUUGUCGACAUGUUUUAGCAAAUCUUUUAAUUGCUGGUAAUUAAGGAUAAUCUAGCAAUAAUGGUAUUUACUCACACAACUUUCAAAUGAAUAGUCAACAAUCAAAGAGAUAAGAAUAUGUAAGUGGAUAAACAAUAAUAAUGUAUCCCUACUCAAAGAUAUAUAGUGUCAAACAUUAAAUGUAACACAUAAUAACCUCUUUGAGGUAAGUUUUGUUUUCUGUAGAUAUGCUGACUAGAUAAUGCUUAAUUCUAUAUAUCCAAGAAUAUAAAUUUUGAACAUGUGUAUAUAUAUACGUAUUGAUAACGAAUCAUGGUCGUCUUCAUAUACUAGCAACAACAUACAUAACCGAAGCAAUCAAACCAAAAUCAUUUCUGCCUUUUAAUGAAUCUCCAGAGAGUGAGAGACUGACUAAAAGGCUAAAACACUCUCUAUCCAAACAAACUCUUCAGAUUCUCGAGAAAAAUAUUGUUUUCUGUCUCCUAGUUUUGUCUCUUUGUAAUAGAUUCUUCUUUCCUGCAUCUGUCUCUCUCCCAUUUUUUCUGUAAGGGGAAUCUGAGAUUCAGUCUCGGAGAAAAAAAAAUCGAUUUUUUUUUGAAUUGGUGAUGUACAUUGAUUGCUUUCGUCUUUGAUUGGAAAAAUUAUGAAUCCGUCUGAAUCGUCUCUCGGCGGGAAACAACCGAGUCUCCGUCGAAGCCUAUCGACGCCGACGCUGUGCGGUGGAGGAUCCACGGCGGCGGAGUUCUGCGGCGGCACGACGGCGGGAUGCGCUGCCCUAUGCUGCUGCGCCCCUUGCAGCGUGGUGAGCCUCGUCGUCUUCGCCGUCUACAAGGCUCCCCGGAGAAUCUGCCGCCGCGCUAUUCGCCGUGUGCGGCGGAGGAGACGAAGGAUAUCGAAGAAGAAAGAGGUUUUGGAGAAUGGAGAUUGCGAGAAGAAGCUGUGCAAAGUUGGGAGUUCACAGUUCGCGGUUCAUCCGUUAGAGAGCAAAGACGAUGGAGAUUUGGAUAAAGUAGCAAUGUAUUUGUCGGAGGAUGAAGAAGAAGAAGAAGACGACGAAGUGAUUGCUUUAGAGAAAGAGAUGUGGAACAGAUUUAACAGUGGAGGUUUCUGGCGAGCCGAAACGACGUCGUGUGGAAGAACCGAUUAGUAGUAGACAGUUUGAAAUGUAGUUUGAUCAAAACAUAUGAUCUUGUUCAUAAUUUUCAAAUAAAUGUCCCCAUUUCAAUGUAUAUAUGAUCAAUGAGUUCACAUCAUAAGAAAUCAAAAGACUCGAGAUCGUAUUAGAGGAAUAAUCAGGUUAAUUAUGUCUAAAUCUUUACUUUUUAGAGGAUUAAUCAGGUUCAUUAUGUUUAGCCGUACAAGUAGACCACUAGCUGAAGAGUGAAGACUCUACUCUUUAACGACAUUUUUUUAUAUAGAAUAUUGUAGUCAAAUCAACCUGAAAAGCUAAAUUUAAUUUUAUAGGGGAGAUUCAAGAUGCGUAAUCUAUAGGUUCAUGAACUAAGUUGGCUGUGAUUGGAUCAGAAAACCAUGGCAGCGUUGUUGUGUGUGUAGGUUACACAUAAUUCUAUAGAUUUCCACAUGAUAAUAACAAAAAGAAUCAUAGAGGUUAUUUAAACUAAUGAGAAAGUGGAGAAAAGACAUGUAUAUGAGUUUGGAACGUGUCAGUCAUUACCCUAAUGAAUAGUUUAAGUAGGGAUCAAAUCACUUUGUGGUGAAUAUAUAACAUCCACAAAUCGAAGAUUCACAAACCACAUCAGAACUAUUAACUAAAAUACACAAAACAUAAAAGUAGAGUUGGUUUUGUACUAAGACGUGUUAAGUCUGUGAUAUAGAUAAAGAGCAGAAUUCAGCAAUGGAUUCGGAAGAAGCGUGGGAUAUGGAAUAUAGAAGUGCUAUAGCUACAUAGUAGGUGUGACAGCUUAGGGCUAGAGAGGGAGUGAGAGAAGGUCAGGUCAGGUGGUAAAAUAAUAAAGGAGGUUGAGUGAAACAAGUGAAUAAAGUUAAAUAACUAGGGUUCCAUGUGAUUCCAGAGCACAGUGUGUGUCUUCGUGUAAACUGUCCUUUUCUUUCUUUACCACUUUCUCCAGUGUGGGGACCCUUUUCAUUUUUGUAUCUAAACAUUGAUUCACUCAGUUCCUACCACCACGCCACUACUUCCCUCUCCCAUAUUUAUUGAACUCGUAAUUGUUUCCUCUUUUAUCCCUACUUACAAUAACAUUUUUGUUUAGUUUCAAACUGUCUUACAAUAGAAAUGUGCAGCUUGUGAUGCGACAUUUCUUCAUGAAUUUAAGUAUGCGGUGAAUCCCAUGCAUUACGUCUUUCUAUAACAUUAUGGUGAGGCGAACUUUGUAUUCCAUUUUGUCUUCCAAUAAUACAUUAUCUUGUUCAUUCCUGAAUAAAAUUCACGUAGAGUAAAACCUACUCCAGUCUGAAUUUAUCAAUCAUGUAAUUCUUAUAAAAGAGUAUGGACUUUUAAUACAUUUUUUUUGUAUACAUGAUAAUCGUUUAUUAUUUUGGUACUCUCUCACAGUUAUUAUUUAAUUUUAUAAUGUGGGAUCCUGGAUACAAUGUAAAGAGCAGCAUGGUAUUGAACAAUUGACAUGUCCAUUCCAUCUAUAUAUAAACUAGUAAUAAAACGAGUAACCAUGUAUUAAAAGUUCAAUUGAUAUUUAAUUUUAGAAUUUUCUAUUUUGUCUGCUUGUCGUGUUUGCUAGUAAAACAUAUACGAAUUAAAUUCCAUAUACCAAACGAAUCACACAUAACAAAUAAAAAAUGUUACUCUCAAAUGAUGCUAAUCAUGAGAACAGACUAUUGUUGUUAGGAGACUUGAGCAACAUGAGCUACAAGGGCAAGGUGGUGUCAUCAUGAAGAUUCCCUGCUGCUCAAAUCAUAACUAGUCGUCUUAUGGGAGAACGAGAUAGACUAUGUAAAAAAGGUUGAAUCCAUGGUUAGGCUGAGGACAGUCCACGAACCACGUUUGUAAGCUUUAUAAAAGUGAGAAAAGUACGAAAGACCGAGAGGCUUCAGGGCAUGUAACUAGUGAUGUGUUCUUUAAAGAGGUGAUAUACAUUUGUGGACUCCCUCACAUACUGCUCCCAAACCUAAGGACUAUAACGAAAUGGGCCCUAACGGGCUAGAAGGCCCAAAUAGAAUAUCAAAAAACCUUUUCUUGGUUAAUUAAAGAAACCACGGUAGACGCUUCUUGUUUUAGACGUCUUUUACGCGCACAUAAGUUCACAAACCCAAGGCGUACCGUGGUUACUAGACUAAUGGCCUAUUUAGAUGGGAAGUUUACGUCCCAAACCGACAACUUUCUCUUAGAGCCACGUGUUCCUCUGCUCAUCCUUGCUUCACAAUCACAUUCACUCCCAUGAGUCUUUUUAGAUUGUUCUUCACAAUAAUUUCAUUUUCAAGUGAAGUACUAUUAUCACAUAUACUACUACAUCAUUUCCAUGAACCAAAUCACAUAAUUUUUCCGCUUACAGAAAAAAAGAGAUUUCAAAGCUAAAGUCAGCAAACAUUAUAAAAUUCUGAGUGGGUCCCAACACCAGCCUGGUCCGAAAGGUCGAAAACCCCAAAACUAAACAACACAGACACACAACCAAACUCAUCUAUCUCUCUCUCACAUUUCCACUUGACAUCGCCGACACUUCAAGACAUUAUAUUAAAAGAAACAAAAAAAUAAAAAUAAAAGAAAGUAAACUCUUUCUUCACCCC